CAUGUAUUGAUCGUUCAUCUCCCUCAUUUACUAUUUACCACCAUGUCAAUUCGAAUUCUCGCCUCAGAUUUUCCUGUAAAAUCUGCUACUAUUUACAAGUCUUCAAAGGCAGAAGUGAUUCGCACCUUUCCGCUGGAGCUGAAGGCUGGACAGAACACUGUCGAGAUUAGAGGACUUCCUAGUGCCAUUGACACGCAUUCUGUGAGGGUAUCUGGUCUAGGCGACGCCCGCUUAUUCGACGUUGUCUGUAAACUUGGCAAUAAUAAUUCCACGCCAUACGCACCGGACAGCCCCGCGGAAAUUGUCCGCAAUUUGAAGGCAAAGAAAUCUGUCCUUGAAAGUGAAAAAAGAAUACGUGAGCAUGAGGCUAAUAUCCUUGUGCAGUACGCCAAAACCAUCACUGGCGAGUUCGUUGCUCCUGCUCAGAUGGCUCAGUUCCUCCAGAGUUUUGUUGAGCAGGGCCGUAAGAACACUGAGGCUGUUAGUUCAAUUGAUGAGAAGAUUGUUGAGAUCGACAGGUCUCUCGAGAUUGAGGCCGAGAAGCUGUCGCUGAAGAAGGGUACGUUGACUGGUGAGGUGCAUGUCGCCAUCGGGGCGACAGCGCCAGAGUCGAUUCAAAUGCAAAUUACCUACAUUGUUGAUCAUACGUCGUGGGAACCAACCUACGAAUUGCAUGCUACCACCGAGAACGGAAAACCUUCAGCCAAGGUUUACUUGCAUUACCGGGCUCGUGUCACCCAAAGCACCGGAGAAGAUUGGAAGGAUGCUGCGAUCACUCUCAACACCUCUUCCAAUGACCUGUCUAGGAAGACGAUCCCAAAACUUCAGCAGAUCAAGAUCAAGCCGCAGCCUCUGUGGCGAUCGAACACAUUCGGCUCCAACAACGGUACUUCGUUAUACAAAAACGUUUUAUUCGGGUCGUCCAAGGCUUCCGGUCCGUCCACUGACGCGUUUGCCCCAAUGACGAUGCAACAUCAGGCGCAUCCUGGUGCAGCACUAUUUGGCCAAGCGCCCGCCGCUCAGUCUUUGUUUGGGUCUGCACCGCCACCUCAACCUCAACAUGAGCCCGUACAAGCGCUUCCUGAUGAGUCCGAAGAGAUCUUUGAGGAAGUAGUUCUUCCUGACGGAUCAACCACGUCUGAAGCGUCGACGUUGGUCACCGAAACACCAUUCGCCAUCUCGUAUUCCGUCGAAGGAACAUCUACCAUUCCCAGUGACGGUGUUGAACAUCAAGUUGCAGUCGCCGUACUCCCAUUCCAGAGCAGUACCUCAUACGUGACAGUUCCAAGAAUCGAUCCUCGACUUUUCUUGCAGUGCCAAGUCAAAAACACUAGCGAAUACAGACUUCUUCCUGGUCCCGUUCAAGUGAUCCUGGACAAUACCUACGUCUCACGCACAUAUAUCCACGAUAUCGUCGCCGGAGACACCUUCGACUGUACUCUCGGCGAUGACGCUACGGCCAAAGUCACAUAUGCACGCACCUUCAAGACGACACGCUCUAGUGGAGGAGCCUUCACUGAGACCAUCAACACAAUCACAUACACCACCAAGAUCACGGUGCACAACAAGCACGCGUUCGCUAUCGAGGACCUCAUUGUUAAAGACGUGAUCCCGAUGUGCGAUGACAGCAGGGUGAAGGUCGUGCUGCGCAAGCCCGAGGUGUUAGCGAGCGCCAAAGAAGGAGAGAUCCUGGAUGUCGGGAGCCAGGGGUUGAAGGUCGGAUGGGAAGCGACAGUGGAUGGGAAAGGCGGAGAAAAGGAAGGGAAGUUCGAGUGGAAGUGGAGGGCGGAUGCCGGGGCUCAGGUUACAAUGGAAACUCAAUGGGAUGUCAAAGGCCCAUCAGAUGUUACCCUCGUCGAGACAAGCGCGUUGGGAGGAUUUACUCAAAGUUUUACGUGAAUGAAAGCAGAGCG